UUGAUAAUUUAUUUAUAAGGUCAUAUAUAAACCCAGAAAUUCAAAACUAUGAAGCUUUGUACUUUGAUACCAAAAAUGGAUCUAAAUCAAUAAUCCGAUCUCCAAUCAUGACGACAAGGCUUUCAACCUUAUUCCCUUCAAUCAAGCCUUCUUCAAAACCCAAACCCAUCUCCACAAACCCAUCAUCUUCAUCAUCGAUCAAAUCAGAACCAAAACCAUGGUCUGUCUAUCUCAUCAUUUCCACAAAUACCCCUAUCAAGACCUACGUCGGCGUCACCACCUGCUUCUCUCGCCGAUUGAAACAACAUAAUGGUGAGCUUAAAGGAGGAGCAAAAGCAACCAGAUCUGGAAGGCCAUGGAUUUCUGCUUGCUUAAUUGAAGGUUUCAAAGACCAAAGUGAAGCUUCGGAGUUCGAAUCAAAAUGGAAAAUUUUCUCUCGAAAGUUGCCUCGCAAAAAGGAAAACAAUGGAGGAGAGGAAAAGCAAACAAUGGAAGAUAGUUCACUUCGUUUGUUACAACACAGAUACUGCAAAUGAAUUAGAAACUCUACGAAGAACACGGAAGGAGCUGAGGCAGAAAGAGCAAAAAACAGGUACUGAAAACAAAUACAACUGUUAAUGCUCACAGACCGAAAAUGGGAAAUAUAUAAUAUGAACUCGGAGCCAGCGGUAAAUGUUAGGGGUAGCAAAAAAAUUUAUUUUUAUAGGAUAGAAAAAUAUAGAAUUAUUUGCACCACAUAUUGAAAUGUCUAAUUUUUUUACCUUUUAACUGUGGGGUUGAAUUUUUUUUCAAAAAUACUGUGUAAGUUUUAUACUAUGUACUGUGUUAAGUUUUUACUGUUGUUCUAUGGUUGUUUUUUAGUUGUUCCACUGUUGUUUUUAGUUGUUCUGCUUUGUGUUCCACUGGUGUUUUAUAAAAACACAGUAUUUUUAAAAAAAAAUCUGUAUCAGUAUUUUUGUAAAAGUUUUCCAAAAUAUAAAUAGGAUAGAAAGAUUAUAAUUUGUUGUAUGUUCAAGUGUCCACAAUGUUAGUUUGAUAUUUAUUGUAGAAUUAUUUAUACUCUGACAGUGACCACAAGAAAGAUUGUGUUCAUUUAAUAUUGAUUUCUAUAAUUGAAUGCUAAUUUUAUCUACUGAUUGGAUUAUAUUUACUAUUCCAUUUUGUCAUUUUAUGAAUUUUUCUAAUGCAGUUCUGCUUAUGUUGUUGUUAAUUCUGGUCUCUUUUACUCUAAUCCUAUUUGCUUUAGCUAAAUCAAGAUCAAACAAUGUAAGCUAAGAUCCAAAACAGAAAGUAAAACACAAAUGCUUGCACGAAGAACACGCAACGAGUUAUAGUAGUUCGGUCAAUGUGAUCUACAUUUAGUUAGAGCUUUCUCAAGAACAUCUCCUUCCAAUUAUGAAAAAGAUGAUAACAGAAAAACAAACUCAGUAGUAGAGAUAUAAAUAACCUCUCAAACUCUCUUGUUUUUUGAUUACUAAUUUAUUACCUGAAGACUAAUGAUUGGAAAGAUUCAGUGAGUAAAUGAUUGAAUGAUAUUCCUCAAGAAGGCACUCACUGCUGCACACUCCUCGAACAUUUUAACAUUAGCAUGAAACCGAAGGAGCUGAGGAAGAAACAGCCAAAAACAGGUACUGAAAACGAAUACAACUGUUAAUGCUCUUGAGAUCAGUCUCGGUAGCUGAAACCUCCCUGCCACAGCCUUCUUCAAAACAAUCUCAACUGUCAAACACAGUCCGUGGAGAACAAAGAAGGCGGUGAUCUUCCAAUUGGGCAUCAGCCGCCCUAAGUAGUAAAACACUAGCUCGUGCAUUAGAGCAGACACCAUGAAGGUAGCCAUAACAGCUGGGAUUGAUGCCCACUCACGACCAAGGAAAUUCUUGAACAAGUUAAGGGUUGGUUCAUAUACACUCGGUCGUAGGAUGUUGGUGACCAUAAGGUUCCAUCUUUUACCCCAAAAGUCUUGGAGCGAGGAAGAGAGAAGCGGCUCGUUGAACUGUGGCUCGAGCUCAAGUCCCAAAAGAACUCGAGCCAAGGCAGCCAUUACAGCUAAGACCAGCUCAAGGAAGAAGUAUAUGUGAAAGCAGUAAAGAAUCCACAUGACCUUUGGAUGGAUGUAGUCAAUGUAGUCAUAGACCUUUAUAACCAAAGCCAAUAAAACUGCUUUUAUGGCAUAAUUUAGAAGAGAAACUCGGCCUUUAUCAGGCGUUUUGACAGAAGGGUUUUCCUUGUUAUGGCCAUUUACAUAAGAUUUCGAUGGUGUUUGGCAUUCUCUGUAUUCGGAUUCUUCUGGUUUUUUCAAUGGAGGUUUGUUCUGUUGAAUCUUGAUCGGAAGACAAGCAAGGGCCACAAAAAUCCCAAGAGAAUGGUGAUGAUCAGAUGAUGCCAAAGGGCCCUUAUCGAAAGCGAAAAGUAAGAGCUUGAAAUUGGCAAGCCAAGCAAUGAAAAAUGCAGUCAAACCAGUAAAAGUCACAGAAGAAAGAUUGAGAGGAAGAUAGAGAAAGAGACAUACUAUUGGGAGUAACAAAACCAGUCUUUGAAGACCUUUUGAUACAAUUUUACUUGUUGUGUAGCAAUAACACAAGGAUAUGAAAACUGUUAGCCAUACUUUGAUUAAGUUGCUAAGCUCUUCUUCCAUUUGCUCUCUCUUUCUUCUUUCUUGAUUUUUAGAUCU